AUGAUUUCUAUUUAAUAAGGAGAUAAAUUAGAAUGCUUUAAGAUUGAUAAUCACUUCAUUGGAACUUUAACAUUAUUAAAUAAUUAUCCAUCUCAGUAUUUCGUAUUUUUUAUCUAUAGUCAAUGUGGUUUCAAAAUAAGAACCAAUAAUACUCAAGAUAUUCAAGUGUUACCUCAUAUAGGUUCCUUUAAAGGAUAAACUUACAAAAUUACAGUUAAAUGUGAAAAGUUCUAAAGUAAGUAUUAUUAUAGAUGAUUAAGAAAAUGCUAAAUUGUAAAUAUUGGUAGCUAAUAUAAAUGAUCAAAAUUUCAAUAAAAAUGAUCCAAAGUUGCUAGCAUAAUAUUUUGAGGCAAAUAGUAAUAAUCCAUAAGUUGAAAAAAUAAAAAUUGAGAUUGUUACUAUUGAUUAAAAUUUAUUAAUAAAGUAAUCAAGUAUCAUCAAUUAAUCAGCUUUUUAAAAUAGAUAUUAUGAAGAUCAAAUGUAUGGAAAAUAAGAGUUUACAUAUAAAUAAAAUGCACUUUUAAUGAAAACUGGAUAACCAUAAUCAUAAUAAAUAUAAGAUGCUUCUUAAUCUAUAAGUAGAGAAUUUAAUGAUGACUAAAGAUAGUUUAUUACGUAACCUACUUUUUAGAUACAAUAUUAAACAUUUUCAAAAUAAUCUUCAGGUUCUUAAAAUAACAUUUUGAAUGGUUAACCUCAAAAGUUAUAAAAGUAUCCAUAUUAUUAGCCUUAAAAUUUGAAUGGUUUUAAUUAGAAUCUUGAUGAAGAUCCUUAAGUAAAAAUGUUGAAUUCUAGAAUCUAAUCAUUGUAAAAUGACCUUGAAAAAUAACAAAUUGAAAAAAAGAGUUUAGAAUAAUAAAAGCAUUUGCUUAUAAGUAAUUAUUAAGAAAAAGAUUAAUAAAUAUUUGUUACUAUUUAACAUGUAUUAUUCUCAGCAAUCCUUUGUUUUCUGAUAGGUUAUGUAGCCACAAAUUGA